UCCGCUUGUGUCCUUUCGUCGUUGCGGCUGCCGUAAGCGUUUCAGUUCCGAAACGUCGUAACGUGUAUCGGGGGGGUGGUGAAAUACGAUGGUUUGACAGUGAACCUCGGGAGCCAGCACGCCGAGGGGGGUCCUCUCGUUUUUACAAAGCGCCCGGCGGUGUACCGCUCAGAAGCGCUGCGGACGCCGGACAGAGCGCUCGUGUCGCGUUUUUAACACGAUACCAACAAUUUUCCGCGAAUUUCAAUCGCACCUAAAUUCUAACUUUAAGUAAACUUGUAGCCUAAGCGAGGCCUAAUCUACUCUAGUUUAAUAAUUAUUAAGUGAAUUUUCAAACAUUGAAUUAGUGUGACUUGUAAACGAAUGGUCUAAUAUUGUGAUAAAAUUUCCAAAAAAAAAACAAGACAAAGAUACAUGUCUUCAGUUAUGUAAGCUGAGAUCGUAGCGAGUGGUCAGAUACUGUUUCGCUCAAAAUGCAAGCGAUGAGCGCUAACGCAAGCGCUCCCAGAGCACCCCAGCGCUCUCCAUUCGCCAUCCAAGAGCUGCUAGGUCUCUCCGAUAAUCGGGAGAGCAGAGAGAGAUACUUCGAGAGCAGAGAUGGAGAUAGAGUACUCAAUUUAUCUGAGAGCAGAGAGCCCCGGUCGGCUUACACUCCUCAGUUUCCUCUGCCGGCCUCUGUUGCGAGUCGCGUGGCCUAUGCAGCAGCUUUCAAUGCUCAAGCUGCAGUAGCCGCAGCCUUCCUCCCGGGUCCUCCAUUACUGCAUCAUCCACCAGGAUUCCCGCAGAUCAAGUCUCCUUAUAGUCCGACUUCGCAGCCGCAUCUGACAGCAGUCCGACAAUUUUACACAGGCGUGUCUUCUUUGGAAGCAGCAAAAGACUUCACGGUAGACGGCCUCACAGGAUACAAUGGAAAGAAGAAGAAGAAAAAACGUAGACAUAGCAGGACGAUCUUCACCUCCUAUCAGCUGGACGAACUGGAGAAGGCCUUCAAAGAUGCUCACUACCCCGACGUGUACGCAAGAGAAAUGCUGUCCUUGAAAACCGACCUGCCCGAAGAUCGGAUCCAGGUCUGGUUCCAAAACCGUCGAGCGAAAUGGCGCAAAACUGAGAAGUGCUGGGGUCGGUCCACCAUAAUGGCCGAAUACGGGCUGUACGGCGCGAUGGUGCGACAUUCCCUCCCGCUACCGGAGACCAUCCUCAACAGCGCCAAGGAAAACGAUUCGGUCGCGCCGUGGCUGCUCGGAAUGCACCGAAAAUCGAUAGAGGCAGCUCGUCACCUCAAGGAAUCAGGGUCGGAACGGGAGGGAUCUGAACCGGAAGCGGACAGGGCAACGUCUACUUCUCCACAUCCUCACGAAAAUCAGGCGCAGAGCUCUCCAGCGAGCAGUACUACUGCAUCGUCGUCGGCUAGGGGUCGAGCGUCGCCCGACCCAGCGCGCGACGACCCCGACGCCUUCCGCAACAACAGCAUCGCCUGUCUGCGGGCCAAGGCGCAAGAGCACCAGGCUAGAAUACUCUCCAAUAACUUACUUAUGCAGGUCCGUGGCCUAACUCGCACUCCGAUCAGCACUCCUAAUGCGGAAGACGACGGUCCCGGAGACAUAGACGUGGGCACGGAGCAACCACUGGAUACCACGACCCAUCCCGCGCAUUUGUAUUGACAGACCUAUUGACAGCUCAACGUAAUGACAUAUUGACGCGCUGGUUUGACAUAAUCAAAGAUGUCGGCGACGGAGUCCAGAUUGACGCGGAUCAAAAGAGCGCUCUUGAUUUUUAUUUUACUAUAAUAAUAAACGUUAUUUUUAGUAUGUACAAAACUUUGUUUAUUCAAAAUCGUUGAUAGAAUUCGUAACAAAGUUGUAUAUAAAUACUCCACUGAUAGAGCUGUCUACAUAAACAAACUGAAAUCCUUGUCUACAGUUUAUCGAGUCGAGUCUGCACAAUGUUAUGCACAAAAACAUAAAUGCAUAUUUGCAAUUAUGCACAACUAUGCGAGUGCACUAUGAAAUGCAUUCGCGUUCUAUGCGAGAUUUUUUGUUGCGAAAAUUCUACCAUCGAUUCUUCUAAGAGCUUUAGCACAUACCUACUAUAAAUAACGUGAGUGUAUUAUAAAUUUCAGCACGCGAUAAAAUGUUCAUGUUCUCUGUCUUUGGUUAUAUUAUUGUAUAAACUGCAAUUCACUCCACUGUAACAACUAACAGUCCGCAUGACCAGCGCCUUUCAAACUACGGAUUCAACUCAAGUGUAAUUAUGUAAAUUAUUGUUACGCGUAUUUAAAUGAAUCCUCUUCGUGCAAUACAUUUAGUUAAGUAUUUAUCUGCAGUAGGAUUGAGAUAGGAUUGUAUAAAGUUUCCAGUUCUUAGAUUAUUUGGCGAGUCGACGUGGGAACGAUUCGGAGUCUAAAGCAUGAUUUAAAUGACAGUUAAUAAGUUUGACAGAUGUCUUAAUGUGUCAUGACAUUACCACAGAUCCAGAAAACGGGUGAUUCAAACAUUUAUUUUGUUUAAGAAUCGCUUAGUAUACAAUACAUUUUAUUAUGGUUCUUUUUUACCACGAAAGUAUUGAAAUUCCGCUUCACACCUUUGCUUAAGUGAACAUGAAAGAUUUAGGUAUAACACACGUUUCUUUAUUUUUUCUUGUCUCGUUCUGUCGACUCGUACCAAAAAUUAAUUGUAUAAAUUAAGAAAACUAGUUCAAUAUUUUGUGCCCUGUUGUAGUUUUAAAGCGAAAGACUAUGUAAAUUGUUUAAGAUGUAACACUGUGUUUCCACAGUCUAGUUUGGCUGGACAUGACGGCUGAUGUAUAUAUUAUACAUUCAGUGUCGUGGUUACCAACAAAAGAAAUCGACUGUGAAAAUACGGUGUUAAUGUUGGUGGUACUAAAUAGUUUGUAAGUGUGCCGUUUUAAUGUUUGUGAUGCUGACUACAAAGUAACCAAUGCUUGUGUUACUUUUUUUCUGAUCAAAAUAAAAGCUAUAACCUAUAUACCUACUUUUUAUAGCUACAAUUUCACUUGUAAAACCUCUUUGUAAGCGCUUUUGAGAAAUUCGGACUUAAAAAAGUGAGAAUCUUUCUAAGCAGUCAGCAUCACAAAUUGGUGAAACUCAAACAAAUGGCAAGCAAAUCUUCUCGUAUCGAACGAAAUCACACAUCGAAAACAUUCCAAGAAAAGACUUUACCUUAAAAAUUAUAAAAGAAUUUUCUAUAAGUUUCAUGUCACCUUUCUUUAAAAUAAAAAUAUGUUGAAAUUAAAGAGAUACAACAGAUCUAACGGAUGUUACAGGAACUAAGGUUGCAUGAAACUAGAUAUCGUAGACAGCGAUAAAUUAAAAAAAAAAACAGACAUUCUCAACGAAAAUUUCACGGUAUUUUAUAAUUUUAAUUUAAACAAAAUGGCCGUUUUUUUCAUUGUUCUGGUUGUUAUGUUUCACGUAUUUUGGCUAAUCUAAUGUUAGUGUUCUCUUGCUACAAUAACGUUUUUAAUAAAUUACAUGUAUCUCUGUGACCAUUCUAUUUUAUAGACAUUGUUAUUUUGGUUUAUCGCAUCAUGUAUUUCUGUAACUCUAUGGUAGAUUAACCGAUUAAAAUAAAAUGCUUUAAAAAAGUCUUUUUUUAAAUAGCACACUAUUCAUCUUUAACGAUCGCGUGAUAUUUGAAUUUGUUUGAUUAAACCUUAUUUUGUAUAUUUCCGAUAGCGAAACAAUGAACGUAGAUACUUUAAUGAUAAUACUAUAUGUACUUACACGAUUACGUCAUAGAAAUGUAAUAUAUUUAUUAAAUUAAACAAGUAUAAGUAACGUUCAUCGUUAUACUUAAGAAUUAUUUCGAUGAAAUAAAUAUGUAUAAAAUACAAA